AAACCCAUAUAACUAAAUUUAGGGUUUAUGAAGAGGAGGCCAAACCAAAGCCCUAACUGAAACUUCAUCAAACAAUGACCGCGCUGAGCUCCAAGAAAAUUUUGCAAGAAAAGAACACAAACGACCCCAACUCAAUUACCUCUCUUACUCUCACUCAUAAAGCCCUUACUGAUGUUUCGUGUUUGGGUGAAUUCAAAAAUCUGGAAAGAUUGGAUCUUGGUUUCAAUAACUUGACUUCGCUUGAGGGUUUAAAGUCAUGUACCAAUUUGAAGUGGUUAUCAGUUGUGCAGAAUAAGCUUGAGAGCUUGAAGGGCAUUGAUGGCCUAAAUAAACUCACUGUACUAAAUGCUGGCAAAAACAAGCUUAAGUCAAUGGAUGACGUAAAAUCUAUCUCAAGUCUGCGGGCGCUAAUUUUGAAUGACAAUGAAAUCACUUCAGUUUGCAAGCUAGAUCAGAUGAAAGAGUUGAACACUCUAGUAUUGUCCAGGAACCCAAUCAGUUCGCUUGGUGAAUCUUUGGUUAAACUGAAAUCAAUCACCAAACUUUCUCUUUCUAACUGCCAACUGCAAAAAAUUGAUUCAUCUCUUAGAUCCUGCCUGGAGUUGAAGGAGCUUCGUUUAGCUCACAAUGAAAUUAUGACUAUUCCUGAUGAGCUCGGGCAUUUGGUGAGACUUCAGAAUCUAGACUUGGGGAACAAUUUGAUUGCAAGAUGGGUGAAUCUUAAGGUGCUUUCCUCAUUAGUUAAUUUGACAAAUUUGAAUCUGCAAGGAAACCCUCUUGCUGAAAAGGAAAAUUUGCUAAAGAAAGUCAAAAAGCUAUUGCCAAAUUUGCACGUCUUCAAUGCUAGACCAAUCGACAAAAUAGCUGCAAAAGUUGUGCCUGAAAUUGGUGCUGGCUUAUCAGUUGAGGCAGGUAAUAAGCCGAAUCUCCAAAGUGAAGAUAAAAUAGAUCAGCCAAUAAGAAACAAGAAGUCAAACAAAGCUCAUCCUCCGAGUGAAGGUACGGAUGAUCUGGGCUCGAGGAAUAAGAGGAAAGAACUACAAGAUGAAAAAGGUAUGGAUAACGCUGAGAAUGCCAAUAUGUCAGCCAAGAAAGAGAAGAAAAGGUCGAAGUUGCAACAGGAUGAAAUCAAUAAUGUGGAGGCUUUCAACGUCAACCAUGAGGAAGCAAAUGAUGUAAAGCACAAGAAGAAGAAAUCAAGAAAAACAUCCGAAGUAGAUACCAUAAAUAACACUAACUGUGCAGAAAUGGAUCUUUUACCAACGGUUGCUCCUGAGAACCCCACAGAGGCUGCUGACAGUAAGCUGGAUCGCAAAAUGGAUCAAGGCACCGAUGAUAUGAGCGUGGUGGUAACUUACCCAACCAAGAAGAAGAACAAGAAGAAACGUGACGCUGUUCCUGAUUUGCUUGAGCUGUCAAAGGUUGAUGAUAUCGGGUUAGGAGGGCCUUCAGCUUGGGGCGUGUAAGUUGUUCGUGGCUUAUUGGGGUGAUAAUCUAUGUUUGUUAGAGCAUACUGCACGCUUAUUAUCUCCAUCAGGUUACUUUUGUCAAGCAAAAAAUCCUAUAUAGAUCUCCUGUGAUCCUGUUAGUUUGAUGAUAGGUGGUGCUGGUGAUGCUGAUGAUGACAUACUGAAUUAUCAGAAUUCUAUUGUUUCUUCCUUGUAUUAUGCUAUGUUUUUUUGGACAAAUGUACUAUGUUAUGUAAAAACUCUGAAUGUUAACCUUUAUUUUUCGAUCAAUCUAGACAUGAUUUUGGAGUA